GUUAAAUUUAGAUUACCUUCUGCAGUGUCAUCUCCUACCUCAGUGUGGAACUUGCUGUACUCCUUGCUGGGGAGAGAGGAUAAACAAGAAAUGCCAUCCUGCACACCAGAUGAUGAAUUUGUUUAUAAGGCUUAAUUGCCCCUUGGCACAGCAGCGUGAAAUGAGCUCUCUUAGAAUUAGAAACCGUUGGUGGGUUGGGGCUGGUCGUGCGCUCUCUGGAGAGAGGGAUUAAAGUGCCUGCUGUCACCUGUCCCAGGGCACCCGAUCCCAGUGGCAGUGGAGGAUCACUGCCCACGGCUCUAUGGGGCCAGGGCUGGCUGGGGACCUGAGAGGGCUCAGAAGCUGUGAGGACACUGUAUGGGACCGUCUGGAGAUGCUCGGAUGAAACCUGCUGCUCACCAAACAGCGAGAACAUUCAGGCGUUUAACCUAUUGUGGAGGAAAAAGCUCUUUUGCUUAGCGAGCUGUAGUUCCCAGCGGGGACUACAUCUGUCGGCAUCCAGCUCGCGGAGCCCGGCCUGCUGCCAGCGUCCUGCACCGGCGCUGCAGCUCCUCUGCGUUUUCACCGGCACUGCCUCAAGGACAAGGAAACCUGCAUGGGUGUCAACAAUCAAAGUUACAUAUGUGAAACGGGCCACUGUUGUGGACAGUCCCAGUGUUGCAACUACUACUAUGAACUCUGGUGGUUUUGGCUGGUGUGGACCAUCAUCAUCAUCCUCAGCUGCUGUUGUGUUUGCCACCACCGCCGCACCAAGCAUCGUCUGCAGGCCCAGCAGCGGCAACAUGAGAUCAACCUGAUUGCUUACAGGGAAGCCCACAACUAUUCAGCCCUGCCGUUUUAUUUCCGGUUUCUGCCAAAUUAUUUGCUACCUCCCUACGAGGAAGUGGUGAACAGACCGCCGACCCCCCCGCCACCAUACAGUGCCUUACAUCAGCAGUGUGUCCCAGCAGGCAGCAGUAGCACAAUCCCAGACACGCCGAGAAACCUGCAGCCAGCACAGAGCAGCUCAGCGGUGCCCAGCGGCAAUCACAGCAGUACUGACAGCACCGGGUCCCCCGGCCUCGGAGACCCCGAGCCUUCCACCGCCGCGCUGGUCGAGCGAGCAGUAGCCAAAAUGCAAAGCGUGGAGCCUGGAGGCACCAGCACGGGAGCAGAGCUGGUGGAGAGGGCCGGUCCCGAGAAGGAUACGGAGUGCAAGGAGGAACUGCUGAAAGGUUACAGCUCGGAGAGCUUGGAGCAGAGCAGCGCCAUUCCCGACGCCAAGGACAAGACGCCGGGCAGGCAGCGCCGCUUCACGGGCGACUCGGGCAUCGAAGUCUGCGUAUGCAACCGGGGCCAUCACGACGAUGACCUCAAGGAGUUCGACGGGCUCAUCAAUGAUGCUCUGGACGGGCCCCUGGACUUCUGUGACAGCUGCAGCGGCCGCCCGCACGGCGACGAGGAGGAAGGGCUUUUUAAUGCCACAGAGGAGCAGCACCGCGAACACAGCCACCACCACCUGCCCCGGCAGCCGGUGUGUGUACUCUUGAACACAAUAAAUGAGCAGGACUCUCCAAACUCCCGCACCAACAGCUCCCCCAGCUAAGGAGGCAGAGCGGGAAGGAGAACUGGGGGGAAAACGAAGAAACAAGUGAAAUAAGCAGAUAGAAACUUUGAAAGGAGAAAAAGGUGAUAUAACCUUUUUUGUUCUUGUUUUUUUGUUUUUCUUUUUCCCCCUCCAGUGUAAUUCGGGGACUCGUCCCGAAGGCCCGGCUUGCGGGGACGGGCUGCUCUGGAUUUCGUCAAUCAUGUCCGUUCUGCUCCGUGGGGCAGGGACUGUUUGUCAAUGAGACCUUCUCACAAAUGGAACUUUUCCAAUGGUGAUUUUGGUGAUGGUUAUUAUGAGUUUGUUGGUAUUAGUUUUCCAGAACACUGCUUUAUCUCGCAAUCAAUAAAGCUCAGCAAAUCUCACCCUGGGAGGAUACGAAAUCACCACAACGCUUCAACCUCCAGGUGUCUUCCCAGAAGCAAGCAGCUUCUGACAGUGCCGGCAGUCAGUAGCCCAAGAGUUCUGGUUUGAUAUAGUGCUCUUGAGGCAUUGUGGGUUUGGGUUUUUUUUUUUCACUUUUUAGGUUUUUUUGUUUUUUUUUCUUUUGGUGUUAACCUUUCCCAAAGCUGAUGAAUGCCUCAACACAUCAGCCCUAUAAUCUCUGGUGCUUCAGUGUUUAAGACAGCAGGUAGGAAAUUUCCCACUUGAAGCUGGUGGCGGAAAGACCAGUUUCUUCCAGGAGUGUUAGUCUACCACAAGCAGUCUGAAAGGAGAUGUUUUUCAGAAAUUUGCCUUUCCAUGUAAUUUUCAAAGACAAGUGUAUUCCUUCAAUGCCUCCAAGAGCACAGCUAGAAGUAGAAUCAAGGCAGCUGGGCUGCCUUCCAAGUACUGUGGUCUCCGAAUGACCUUUUCCCGGUGUGCUGCAAAAGGGCUUGGCUUUAUUUUUUUUCCUUAUUUUUGCACCCUGAGAGCAGCACACUCGAGUUAAGAUGACAAAAAAGAAGAACAGGGCUCUCUUUGGCCAGUGUGCCUUCAAGCUUCAGCGAUGCAUGUUGAACAAAUGGAGACGAGAGCUCCGUCCAUUGCGAAGGGAUGACUUACCAUGUAGAUGUGGAACACCUGUGCAGUAUUUUUUUUUUUGAUCCAAAAGUUUGGUGCGAUUCUGAUGUUGACCACUUAAAGAAAAUGAAUGUCUGUUUUCUUUUUCUUUUUUUUUUUUUAAUAGUGGCAACUGGCUACUGUAUAAUGUCUGUGAGCGUGUGUGUGUGACUGCAAUCCAUGCAUGCGAGUCCUACUGGUAAUAUGAAAACCUGCUGUAAGACUGCUAGAAAAUUUACUGUAGCUUUGCUUUAAUAAACGGUAGAGAUUUUGUUAGCAACAACCUGAAGGGAAAAACAAAAUGAGCUGAAAACUAACAUUCCCUGGGGUGCUCGUGUGGAAGAGAGCACAAUUCAGACUGUGUAUCUUGUUCUUGGGUUAUCUCCCCAUCCCUUUUAUAACUAUGGUCAUCCAGAUCAUUGCUAUUAUGGGGAAAGAAAUUGAAAACUGAACUCAGUCAUGUUCAGAUUUGAUUGAUUGAAAACCAAAAUCAGUUUCAAAUAAGGUGGAAACCAAAAUAUAAUGCCUUUUCUGAUAA